AUGAUUUGGUUACGCCGUUUCACCAUUUUGCUUGCUUUCAUGCUGCUUAUCUCAUUCGGCGCAUGGCUGCUUCCUCGAGUCCUAGACCCAACCACAAAAGGCCCCGAGAGGCGGGCAAGAGACAAACGCUGGGUGAACAGCAGCCCGUACUUCUUGGACCGACAGGCUUGUCGCUUGAUUAGUCUGUGCGGACUGCACCACUUGCGCAGCGACCCUCCAUCCCGUGGGAACGACGAGGACGAAGAGCCCGAAUGGGGAGAUCUCAAGCGCCGCUCUCUAUCUUGGGAGCCUAAAGAGAUUCCCCGCCGAAACCACAAGCGAAAUGUCAACCAGCGCCGCCGAAUUCUUCGUGAUAUUCCCAGUUAUGUUACAAAGCAUGCUCCGCUGGUUCACCUUUACUCUGGGGAGGAGUUCUGGCCCUCAGACAUUAGCCAGCAUGUCGAGCAUAUGACAGCGUAUUUGGGCAACGAACCUGUCAACUCGACCGAGAAGUGGACACUACAUAACUUGCAUGAGUUGAAUAAGUAUUCCGACAAGGUCACUCUUCGAAGCGACGACGACGUCGAGUCACGACCUAAUUGGCUACAUAGCCAUUACAACACUCCCAAGCCAUUCCCUGACGACAAAGACGGCGACCAUGAUAGUGGUCCGCCCGUGGGAAAUCCCAGAGGGCGACCCGAGGCUAGAGAGCCUACCACCUGGUACGAUGUUGGCAAGAAUCGCCCCGUACACAAGAUUUCGGAUCCUAGGAAUCGCAAACCUCAGAACCUUCGUCGACAAGAAUCCAAUGGGCAUAAGCCCGAUGCUAAUGGGUACUCGGCCGCUCCAGCUGUACUUGUAGUAGUUGAUAAGGGGUCCGGCAUUGUCGACGCCUUCUGGUUCUUCUUCUACUCUUACAACCUUGGCCAAACCGUCUUCGACAUUCGCUUCGGCAACCAUGUUGGUGAUUGGGAACAUUGCAUGAUGCGUUUCGAGCACGGCGUCCCUCGAGGUGUCUUCUUCUCGGAGCACGAGGGAGGACAGGCGUAUGCAUUCGAGGCUGUCGAAAAGCGAGGCGAACGUCCAGUUAUUUAUUCGGCCGUGGGCUCCCAUGCGAUGUACGCAUUACCCGGAAACCAUGCCUAUGUCCUACCAUUCAAGCUCCUCAAGGAUGUUACAGAUAAAGGACCUCUAUGGGACCCAGCCUUAAACAACUACGCAUACCAUUACGACCACACGAAAGAGCAGGACUAUGACCCUGACGUAAAACAUGAGCCUCUAAGUCUUAUUCCCUCAGCAUCGAAUCCUCAUGCACCGACAUCCUGGUUCCAUUACCGUGGUCGUUGGGGAGAUGAAGUGUAUUCUCUUGCUGACCCGCGUCAAUGGCGCCUCUUUGGUCAAUACCACUAUGUCACUGGACCCAAUGGGCCGAGAUUCAAGACUCUUGACCGUGGGAAGAUGUGCCAGAGGCAGAAUUGCAAAAUUCUUUACAAUCUUGACUCGAAGAAUACGUGGUACUAG